UUCACAUAUGACUAUCACAUGAUAUUCGACAACAAAUAUAAUCAAGAUAAAACUGCUGAAACUUUUAUUUAGCUACUGAUGUUUUCGUCCAAGAUGAAGUUUCUGGUAGCAGCUUGUCUUGUGUCUGUAGUUUAUGGGCAGAUUCCCAUACCAUCGCGGGAAGUCGGCUAUGUUUAUGAGAAUGGUUCUGAUUCUGCUCCCGUUCACUUGGAUGUGUUCAUAGACUUGAUAUGUCCCGAUAGUAAACAGGCGUUACCAACUUUACUUCAAGUAGCUGAGAUGUAUGGACCUAAACAGUUACAACUAACAGCUCAUAUUUUCCCUCUGCCAUAUCACAGAAACUCAUUCUAUGCUACCAAGGGUGCUCAUGCUGUCGCUGCUCUAACAAAAGGCAACAUGACAUUCGACUGGUUCAACUUGGUUUAUAAAAAUAUGCCCGUUCUCGUCAACUCAGCAACAAGCCAAUUCUCAGAAGAUCACAUGAAAGACGUGUUUUCAAGUUUGGCUGGUUCCAUGGGUUUAGUGCCUGCAACCUUUGAACCUAUGUUAGAUGACCCUAAUAUUGAAGAAGACACAAGAGUAGCCUGGAAAUAUGCUUGUACACGAGGAGUAGCUGCUACACCAACGUUUUUUGUAAAUGAUGUUACAGUCGGCGCCACUCCAACCUGGACAGCAGCUCAAUGGAAACAACUUAUCGACCCAAUACUCAAUCCAUCACAAAAAAGACUAAUCUUUAAAUCCAACCGUCUGUCAGCAUGUGCACCAAAUACUAAAAGAUGUGAAUAUCUUCCUGGUAAAAUAGAAUGUUGUACAAGUGGUGAGGCCUGUAUUCCUAAUGUUGGUUGUCGUUGUUAAUACUUAGGCCUUCGCGAUGCCUGUGGCAGGUUGUUGUUGUUAAUGCUGUAGGCCUCCACGAUGCCUAAUGUGAUCUGUCAUUGUUAAGGUUAAAGGCCUUCAGGAUGCCUGUUCUUGUUUAAAUUUGGUGAUGUAAAUAAUGUAUGAUAUUGUAAAGUAAUAGAAAGACAAUAAAUAUUUAUUUUGCGA